CCUUUUUUGAGGACCCACAGAAGCUCUUUGGGCUUCUGUGGGUCAAUCAACCUAGAGCUGCCCAAGCCAAGGUCAGGGCAACCUACUCUUGCGCCGCCUACAGGGCAGGGAGUGGAAGGGCGCACCAUGGCGGCCGCAAUGCUGUGAGCCGCCAUAAUGCCUUUCCUUACACCAUACGGAGUAAGAAGCACGCAAAUGGAACGAGGAAUCCGGAUUUGGCGCCGCAAUAUCCUGUCAUGGAUCAUCCGGCGGAGGAGACAGCAGUGCAAGCCUGCAAAUCUGGACGCGGCGGCGCAUGUUGUUUCGCCCCCCAGCGGUCUGUCCGGCCCUAACAGGCACCUCGGUGCUCUAUAGCAAAGGUGGCUCUAGUGGGAAGAAAGGUACGAGGCACUGUGGGCAGAACUGUAUGGAUGGGAUGUGGUUGAUGAUGCCUGCAUCCCCGGGCAUGCAAUGGGCAUCCCUCUCCCGAACGGGCUGCGUGGGUUUCCUGACCCGCCUGGGUCGAUAUGGAGAUAUCGAGAUGUGCAAUGUCUGUCCACAGUCCACAGUCCAUAUCCAUACAUACAGAGCUGCAGAGGCGUCGCAGUGUGUUGCAGGUUGCUUGGCUGAGCUGUCUCCACGAGACAUGCGACAGGCACGCAUAAGAGUCUCGACGCAGGGUGGCAGGCUGUUGUUGCCUGCCUUGCUUUACCUGCCUCUGAGAGCUCGGACAAGCCCGUUGGUGGGCUGCCAAAAAAAUGUUCCUUGCAGAGGAAGGUCCCGCCGUCCGCACGUCCAUCCAUGGCCAUCCAUGUUUGCCGUGCCCGAGCGGGUCUGGCUGGCGGCGGGUGCGGGACGGGAAUGGAACUCCGCUAGCGCCCCGUUGGAAUGUGGAGAGAGCGAGAGGCUGUUUGCCGAUGACGGGAUACCACAGCUGAUCGGCCACCAGCCCAUCGAAUUAUUACCCCAGGCAUUGCGUGGGAAACGAGCACGCAUGAGACACUAGCAAAGACAUCAUUGUGGUUGGUUGGGUUGGAAAAUUUCCAUUUGAUCAUGAACAGAAGUUGCCCGAUUUGUUGGGGUACCUCGGAUCGGCGAGGAGGCUGUCAGACUCUCUGCCAAUUGCCCCCCACCACCAUCUAUAGCCCCAAGUUCCAAAGUCCAGUACAACUCCGCCCAUCGUACAGCAAAAAUCGCGUUGUGACAUGAUCGUCGAGUUCCAAAAACAAAACUUCUCUCAUACACAAGGCGUUGA